CCCCCUCCUUUCUACUGAACUCCAGCCCCUCGCUCUCUCUGUAUCAGCCUCUCACUCCGUCUCAAUAUGUCUCAAGAUGGCGGCCAAUGCGGGAUCGAUGUUUCAAUAUUGGAAGCGCUUUGAUUUACAGCAGCUGCAGAGAGAACUGGAUGCCACCGCCACAGCCCUGGCCAACAGACAAGAUGAGAGUGAGCAGUCUAGGAAAAAGCUCAUCGACCAAAGCCGUGAGUUCAAGAAAAACACACCAGAGGAUCUGCGAAAGCUGGUAGCUCCGUUGCUCAAAGGCUUCCAAGCAGAGAUCGACGCGGUGAGUAAAAGAAGUAAGGAGUCAGAGGCUGCCUUCCUAAGCGUGUACAAGAGAUUCAUCGAUGUCCCAGACCCUGUGUCGGCCCUGGAGGCUACCCAGCAGCUACAGCUGAAGGUCCAGAGGAUGCACGACAUUGAGACGGAGAACCAGAAGCUCCGCGAGACACUGGAGGGCUACACCCAGGAGAUCGCUGAGGUCAAGAACCACGAGGUCACAAUUAAAGCACUUAAGGAGAAGAUAGAAGAGUAUGAAGAGACCCUGAAGAAGCAGGCCAAGGAGCUGGGCCAGGAGGAGAGGAGAGAGGAAGAGAAGGAGAAGAAAGAGGGCGAGGAUGGGCAGCUCCACAACAACCAUGCAGAGGAGGCGUGUCAACAACAGGAGAACCAGGAGUCUGCGGUGUCAAAGCUGGAGGAGGCAGACAGUAAGGCCCAGUCCCUACAGACAGCACUUGAAGCAACUCAGGCAGAGCUUUUGGACCUGAAGAGCAAGUAUGACGAAGAGUCAACAUCAAAGGCCAAUGAGAUUGAGGUGGUGAUGUCAGACCUGGAGAGAGCCAAUCAGAGAGCGGAUGUAGCGGAGAGGGAAGCAGAGGCUCUUCGGGAACAGCUGACAUCCGCCAACAAGUCUCUCCAGCUUGCCACACAGAUCCAGAAGGCCCCUGACAUGGAGCAAGCCUUAGAGGUUCUGUCACGCUCCAGUCUGGAGGUGGAGCUGACCGCAAAGGAACGGGAGGUACUGCACUUGGCUGAGGACGUGCAGAGACUGCAGGCCAGCCUGGCCAACGUCCGUGAGAACUCGGCCUCGCAAAUCAGCCAGCUGGAGCAGCAGCUCAGCACCAAGGAGAGCUCACUCAAGCAACUGGAGGAGAAACUGCAGGAGCAGGCAGACUACGAAGGCAUCAAGAAAGAGCUCAGUUUCCGCAAGUCAGUAGAGUUCGGCUCUUCAAACUACUCUUCAGCACAGGACUCUAAGAAGCCUCUGGAGUUGUUGUUGGAGAAGAGUCGAGGCCUGCAUUCUGAGAGCUCCUCCCUGCGCCUGAACAACAGUGAGCUGAGUAGUUUGAGAGAGCGAAAGGUCAAAGAGUCAUCAGAGGGACAACAGCGUCUCUGCACCACACCCAUGGGCACCAACUUGAAGGGCUCCCCUCCCCCUCCCUCCUCUCAGCUCCUCCUGCGCACUGGCUCAGGUGGUUCCUCCGACACCACCCCUGUCACUGCCGCCAACGGCACACACCACUUCUCGCCCACGAGUGGCGGGCUGGGUGGGCAGGACUUCUUCAGCCCCUCCUCUCUGGCGUCGGCAGGCACUGCUUUCCCCCUGGGGGGCAAGGUGGUGCUCAACUCCCUGCUGCAGCGCCAGCUCAUGCAGACCUUUUACUCCAAAGCCCUGCAGGACUCCGUGUCCGCCUCCGGCCAGGCCCUGCUCUUCUCCCCUUCCAACUACCCCACCCAUAACUCCCUUUCAGCCAGCCCCCUACCACCCCAUCAGUCUUUGCAGUCGCAAUCCCAGCACCCGUCAGCGGGCAGCCCGGAUGUCAACGGCCUCGCCCCCUCGCCCAGCCAGUCAGAAGGGGCGGGGAGUGUCUCGGAAGGCGAAGACAUGGACACGUCUGAGAUAGCGCGUCAGGUCAAGGAGCAGCUGAUCAAGCACAACAUCGGGCAGAGGAUCUUCGGCCACUACGUGCUGGGGUUGUCCCAGGGCUCGGUCAGUGAGAUACUGGCCAGGCCCAAGCCCUGGAACAAGCUGACCAUCCGAGGCAAGGAGCCCUUCCACAAGAUGAGGCAGUUCCUGUCCGACGAGCAGAACAUUCUGGCACUGCGCAGCAUCCAGGGGAGGCAGAGAGAGAACCCAGGCCAGAACCUGAACAGAGUGUUUCAGGAGGUUCCGAAGCGAAGAACCGGCUCCGAAGGCUCCUCGAGGCCAGGUAACAUCACCACGCGGAUCCGCACCUCGGAGAGUGGCUCAGAUGAGGCCAUCAAGUCCAUCCUGGAACAGGCCAAGAGAGAGCUGCAGGUUCAGAAGGCUGAUGGUGUGGAGGACAGACAGCGACGACAGACAGGUUACCCCCGAGGCAUGGGCAACUAUUUUGCAAAAUAUGCACAAAGUCUCAGACUUGACUCGUCCCAGCCCCCUCCCUCGUCCAGCAUUGUGGUUGGUGGUGGAGGUGGUGGAGGUGGUAUCGGCCCAGGUGGAUCCUCCAGCUCAGACGAGACCAUUCGCUCCAUCCUAGAGCAGGCAAGGAGAGAGAUGGAGGCCCAGCAGGCCGCCCUAGAGCCCAUCCUCAAGGCAUCCUCCAUGGGCCCCUCCGACCUGGCCCUGCUCUCCCCCAAACUCCUGGGCGCGCCAAUCCUCCCGGCCUCCUACUCGCCCCUGGCCCUCUCCCUCAAGAAGCCCUCCAUCCCCCCAACCUCCUCUCCCUCCUCCCUCCUGGAUUUCCACUCUGCCAUGGUGAAGAAGGAGGCAGGAGAAGUGGUGGGAGAAGGCGGGGGAGGAGGAGGGUUGCUAAUGGAUGGUGGGACCAAGCAGGGGCGAGGCUCCUGGAGGGAUCAAUGGUGGAGCAGUAUGCACCCCGGGGGUCAGGGAGCCACGGCAAGCCUGAAUGACGAUGUGCGUAGUCAGGAGGACAGCAAGGAGAAGCCUCCCCGGCUGGCCGGCUCAUCCUCGGUGCUGGCACCCUCCUCCGUCUCCAUCUCCUCCUUGGACUACUGGAAGGACUGGCCCCGGGCCGAGUCCCCGUACUCCCAGGCCAGCUCUGAGCAUGGCGGGGGCACCAAAACCCAGGGGCCCAGCCGCGCCGACACACCCCAGAGCAGUCUCUCUCCCCUAAGCUUGGGGCCUCUGGGGUCCCUGUUGACCCCCGCAGCUAAACAAGCCAAGCCUGUGGUGGCGCCGCUCACUCCUGAGCAGUACGAGUUCUACAUGUACCAAGAGGUGGACACGGCCGAGCUCACGCAGCAGGUCAAAGACAAGCUGGCCAAGAACGGCAUCUGCCAGCGCAUCUUUGGAGAGAAGGUGCUGGGCCUGUCUCAGGGCAGUGUGAGCGACAUGCUGUCCAGGCCCAAGCCCUGGAGCAAGCUGACCCAGAAGGGCAGGGAGCCCUUCAUCCGCAUGCAGCUCUGGCUCAACGGAGAGCUGGGCCAGAAUGUCCUGCCCUUACAGGGCCAGCCACAAGAAAACACCCCAAAGACCUCAGCCAGCUGCAGCCCGGCCCCGGAGUCCCCCCUCAGCUCAGCCGAGGAGUCCGUGAAGAGCCUUGGGGAGCAGGGGGUAGGAGGAGUGGGAUGUGGAGGAGGAUCAUCCCAGGUCCCCCCCAGGGAGCCCAGCGAGCCCUCUGAGUCCCAGCCCGGCACGCCACUGCCUGUCCCCGGCCACUCAGGUCUCAGCAUCCAGGAGAUGGUGGCCAUGUCCCCAGAGCUGGACACCUAUGUCAUCACCAAGAAGGUCAAGGAGGUGCUGACCGACAACAACCUCGGUCAGCGUCUGUUUGGGGAAACGAUCCUGGGUCUGACUCAGGGCUCGGUGUCUGACCUGCUGGCGAGGCCCAAGCCCUGGCACAAGCUCAGCCUGAAAGGACGCGAGCCCUUCGUCCGCAUGCAGCUCUGGCUCCAGGACCCACGCAACGUGGAGAAACUCAUGGACAUGAAACGCAUGGAGAAGAAAGCGUACAUGAAGCGGCGCCACAGCUCUGUGAGCGAGAGCCAGACCGCGGACAGUGGUGGCCUGUCAGGGGGAGACUUCAGCCAGGGGGGCAGCCCCCAGCACGGCCUCGGCCACCACCUGCACCAGCAGCAGCCUCCCCAGCAGCACCUGAAGAAGGCCCGUGUGGUGCUGGCCCCCGAGGAGAAGGAGGCCCUGAAGAGGGCCUACCAGCAGAAGCCCUACCCCUCGCCCAAGACCAUUGAGGAGCUGGCCUCACAGCUCAAUCUCAAAACCAGCACCGUCAUCAACUGGUUCCACAACUAUAGGUCUCGUAUCCGACGGGAGCUUUUCAUCGAGGAGAUCCAGCGAGGUGAGGGCGGCUCCCCGUCCACCAGGGCGGGCAAGGCCAGUGAGGGGGACAGCUGUGACGGUACCGAGUCAGAUGGCACAGUGGAGGGCACACGCCCCGGCCACGAGCACCACCCGGCCUCAGAAGGCGAGGGGGGGUCCGACCACAGAGACGACGGCACCACGUCAGCCACUGGCAGCAACGCUGCAGGUACCAGCGGCCACCACAAGGGCGGCGCCCUGGACAGCCUGUUCAGCUUCCCCGAGAGCACCCAUGUUUCCUCUGCGUCUGUUGCCACCACCACUGCUGCCCGCAACCCCCGCGACAGCAGCCUGCGUAAGAAGAAAGCCGCCAACCUCAAUAAUAUCAUCCACCGCCUGGAGAAGGCUGCCGGUAAAGACGAGCCCCACGAGUGGGAGUUCUGAUACGGUACCCCUGCUGCUGGAGAGUGAGAGUUACUAUUUUUCUAGUGCCCUGACUGCACAGUUCCAAGGCCAAGACUGGAGCAGUGCUGCCAGAGAGGAACUGGCAUCUUUUACGACUUUUCAUAUCAAAGAGGGUUCAUAGAUUUUUUUCAAGAAGCGAAACAACAGCAACAACCUGGCUUUGUUUGGAGAUAAAGCACUUAACAGCCCUGCUGGCCACAGGGCCCCAACACCACCGGCCAAAGGUGCGGAAGAGACGAAAGACUUGCGCUACUCACAAAGGAGCGUCACUCCACAGGAGGAAACUGUCACGAGAAGCAAUUAUGUGUUUUAUUUGUGUGCGUGUGCGUGUGUGUGUGUGUGUGUGUUUCCCUUUGAGAGAUUUAUUCACCACCUCAAAGUUUUUCUAACCUUGUUCGCUCAGUGAGUUUUCACAUCUAGUAGACUAACUGUUACAAUGUUUUCCCUUUUUUCUGUUUUCUAAGAGGUUCUUUCUCCUCAUAACUCCAUUGCAGUUCUUUGGCUUUCUGAUAGGAUCGUCAAACAAAAAAAGAGAAUGAAAAGCCAAGCAUUUAGAAAAUUAGUCUGCAGGAGAGGAGAACCCUUUCCCAAGCAAUGUUCCUUUCUGUGCCCCAAAAGCUGCCAUGUAAUGGCACUGGAACUCUUAAUAUGCUAUCCACUCUAUUGAGAAAAUAAUUAACAUUUUUAUAAAAUUAUUUUUCUCCUCUGAGAAAGAAAAAAACUUUAUAGCAAUUUGGUUGCCACUAAGAGAUUGCACAGUCGGUCGACUUUAAACAAUGCUAUUUUAGAUUCCUAAAUAUUUGGGAAGGGUAAAAUCUGAAGUGAAAUACUCAUUAUCAGUUGAAAGGAACUUUGAAAAAAAAGUAUCACUUUAAUUCACAGUUUUUCAACGUACAACAUAAAAUGCAACGGUCAUGUCAGGAAAAAGGAAAAAUCAGAAAAACAUCUUGUGGUAGCUUACUUUGUGUUCUUUCUCGUGGGUGAUCUAGAAGCUCUUUGAUAAGUAGUGUACAUUUCUUUCAUAGCUUUAACUGACUUCCGGGGGACGCCAUUUUGGUGGCACCGGGAGCGUUUGUUUAAUACACUCCAUUUUAGGCCAAAAUCAGGUUUGAGAAAAAAAGAAAAUAAACUAAAAAGUUGUAUACAAGUUCAUGGAGAAAAAAACCUAUUUCAGUCUAGAUAUAAAAAAUAUAAAAAAUAAAAAGUAGCAAACUUGCUUUUUAACCUAUUUUAACCCCAAAAACCACACUAUUAAGACCUCAGAACCAGGGUGUACAGUGGCUUGCGUUUCAUUGGGUGAAAAAGCCAGGAGAUGCACAGCUCACUUUACUGUAUAUUCCAAGCAUCUGGCUCUUUUGCUCUCAACUCUUUACCUACGGUUGUGUGUAUAUUUGUACAUUGUAAAAAGACAGAAAAGAAAGACAAGAAACCCCAGCUGUUGUGUGUCGGUCCUCACAUGCGGUGCACUACGAGUCUGAGGAGGAGAUGGACUCUCCUCUGCUUGUGUGUUCCCGUACAGAGCUACAAGACUGACCUGGUCAUGGUCAACCAGUCACACGUCCCUCCUUUAAAACCCUUUGACAUAUAUUCUCCACAGGCUGCCAUGUUGUGUUGCGCAGAGGUCAAGAGGUCAAAUGUACUAAACAGUGCCAAGGCUUAGUAGAGAUAUUUCAAGGUACAUUUUUACUAAUUGAAUAACCAACACCAAAAGUUAUAUCCAAAGUAGUGUCGAUGUGACAAAGCCCCAUCCAAUUUGGUUGUCUCUUUCAAAGUCAAGCUGAUUCUCCCACCAAUCUUGAUGCGCUCACUCCUUAUAUUAUGACCAGUUUUAUGAUCAAUUCAUGACUGUUACGUAGCAUCUCCAUUCUCCACUGGUCACAACAAGUCCUCUUACUUUCUGGUGUAACUCUUGGCCUGCCCCAUGUGAAUAUAUCUCAGAGGUUAAGAUCACUUGACACGGGUCAAUGGAAGAAAACAAAGACAUUAGUUUUAUACUUAACCCUCAACCCACCCUCCCUUCCCCAGAUAUGGUAGAACAUUAGACCCCCCCCCCCCGCACACAUCGCAACCUCUUCCCUUUUCCCCCUUUCCUCCUCCUAUGCCACAAGCUCACAGUGCCUGCCCGCCCACUGCCUCUCCCUGUGUGUUUGAGUGUGUGAGAGCACACACGUACGUGUACACAAGUAGGCGUGUGUGAUUUUUGUAUCCACGUACCGUAAGAAGGGGGUGUGAGGGUGUGAGCGAGGACUAGCUUCCCUGCUCUGCCAUACACACCCUUGAGUGUGUGUGUGUGUCUGUGUGUUUUAUAAGUCUGUGUGGCUUUGAUUUGUAUAUACCUGCACACACGUAGAGUGCACAACUGCCACCCUUUGUUUCUUCUAAGCUGUUUUCUAAAUGAUAUGGCUUACGGCAUAGCAGACUCACAAAUACAGUAGGUCCCCUUUAUUGCCAUAUUAAAGACAAGCAGUAGAUCACUUCAACAAAGGUUUUUUGGUUUCAUGUUUUUGUUAUGCUUAUUUAUAGGUGCUGUAUUUUACAUUUUAAUGUCUUAUUUGAUUUCUGUUCAUUAUUGUUGUUAUUAUUGUAUGGAAGGGACUAUAAGGGGUCAUAUAAUAUUUUUUUUGACUGAUAGACUGCCGGCAGUAUUGGGUUAUACGUACGAGAUUUAGUUGUCAUACAUGUAUAUUUAGUGAUCUUUGAAGACGUUUUGACAGUGUCAUUUAUGUUGUUUGAGCUGAAAUGGGAGAGCAACCCGACAACGUCGUCUAUAGCAUUAUGGUGCAUUCACCGUUCAUGAUUUGAUGCGUCUGUGCAUUUCUAUUUUCCUCUUUCAUUUCAACAAGCAUGAUUGAAAUCAGGUUGACUUAUAUUCUCUUUUGUACAUUUUCCGUGUAUUACUGAACCCAGCACAGGACCGAAGUUGUGGUGGGGCUCAAGAACCAGUAGCAUCUGAAGGUCUGGAACUGCUGUACUUUGGCAUCACCUCUGAAUCUGACACUUAUCUUUGGAGAUUUCCCAGCUUUGUUUGAGAUGAAUAAAGUGAGGUAGAUUUUAUCUAAAAUAAGCGGUGAUCACAUCACUAUAUAUGUGCUUAGAUCCAGCAAGAGUGUGACUUUGGCGUUUCCUGUUUAUUGGACUAUAAACUGGGAUGCACUGGCUACAUUUUGUGACGCUGUUUGUACUAUGUACACCUACUAUUUAGAAGAUGAAUAUUUCCUCAAUUAUGAUUUGCUAAUUAUAGGCUUCAGACAAAAAAACUGAUCAAAUGACAUUUUUAUACUAACAAUAACACAAACAGCUGUGUAAAGCACAAGCACUACUGACCAAAAACCUCUUUAAAAAGGGGGGGAAGGCAACUUUACCUUAAAAGAUUUAAUUGCAUGCUCAUGAAUAUUUUCUAUUCCGUUCUGACUUUACAAUAAGUUUAGUCUUUAAAGAGAGAUUAUUGGAUACUUUUUUAAAUUGUGAGCAUUUGGAACAGAAUUGGGUCCUGAAUGGCUACUGCUCAGCUGCCCCUCCUACAGCGAAGCUGGUGGUGAUUGGAUCACCUCUGGAGGGGAGUGAUGUUAGCACACUGUUCAAAAGCCCUGUGUCCUGCAUGGUUCCAAACCACGCUCUCUUCAAGUGACACUGCCAGUCUGGCUAAGCCACAGCAGUCCCUAUCAGCUGGUUACACUUUUUUACUGAAUUUCAUUGAAAAAAUGUGAUCGAUUGAACACAAACAAAAAAAUCAAGGAGUGUUGAUCUUUUGAUAAAAGCACAAGAACAUCGACAAGUUUAAGCAAAACAUAAUGGUAUUUAUAUAUAAUGGCUUUUGACACGUAAUGCUUAAAUUGAUCACACCCAAAAACGUUACCUUUCAAAAAAAGGUCUUGAUCUUUUAGCACUAUUAAAGAGACAUCUUAGCACUUAACCGUCUGCACGCCUUUUCCUUCAGUCUAUAUUUUCGUAGGAUUGCCUUUGCCUUAAAGUGAUCCAGACCAAAGUGUUGAUAUUCUUUUCAGGAUUGCUCAUAAACGAAUGCAGUAAGCUGGCUCUUGGACUGAAGUCUUGCGCCCAUCCCAUCGUCAUUCUCAUGAGACUUUUCAUCACUGGUCUCCAAGUCUUGUGCAGGCACCACAUGGAAACAAGCAAUCAUUUUGAUUGGUCUCCCACAUGCUGCGUCUUCAACGCAGCUGUUGACGUCUGUAGCAAAGUUGUUUUGUCUGGAAAUACUUCACUGCUGUUGAACAAAAGGGGGCCAGUUCUGUGACUGUCUACAGUCCUGGGCUCCUCCAGAGGUGAUGCCAAGGCAGACUCUUGUAGGCCACAGAUUUAGUAAGAGGUCCACAAUCAAAAGCCCCCCACGCAGAUAGUGGGUAUGGCCCUCAUUAAGAACGAUGCAGGCUUGAGUGUCUGGUAGAGGCACUAAUGAAAUGGAGUUGAUCAGAGGGAUUUCACUUUGAUACUAUUACUAACAUGUCAAGUUGUGCUGUCAUGAUGUAAACUGUUCCCAGCUAUUGCCCGGUUAGGACAGGCGACAUGCUUGACAGGCAGUGCUUUUUGAUUGGGAGUUGAAUUUGUGUGGAUUUGUUUUCCUUUAUCUGUUUCUCAUUUGACGCUAAUUGAAGAUUUGAACAGGAGUUCUCUCACUUUUCUCCCCAAAUCAUGUUCUGCUGUCAGUCAUUUUGGAAACAUUGCAUGUAUACUGAACAAAAAUAUAAACGCAACAUGCAACAAUUUCAAAGAUUAUACUGAGGUAAAUACAUUUGUUCCUAAUCUAUAGAUUUCAUGACUGGGCAUGGGUGCAGCCAUGGGUGGGCCUUGGAGGGCAUAGGCCCACCCACUGGGGAGCCAGGCUCAGCCAAUCAGAAUGAGUUUUUCCCCACAAAAGGGCUUUAUUACAGACCAAACUUGUUCAACACCCCCACCUCCCCCUCAGGCUAUCCCGCAGGUGAAGAAGACGAAUGUGGAGUUAGUUGGAUGGCGUGGUUACACGUGGUCGGCUGUUGUGAGGCCAUUUGGACACACUGCCAAAUUCUCUAAAACAACAUUGGAGGCAGCUUAUGGUAGACAAAUUAACAUUCUCUUGCAACAGCACUGGUGGACAUACUUGCAGUCAGCAUGCCAAUCGCACGCACCCUCAAAACUUGAGACAUCUGUGGCAUUGUGUUGUGUGACAACAACUGCACAUUUUAAAGUGGCCUUUUAUUGUCCCCAGCACAAGGUGCACCUGUGUAAUGAUCAUGCUGUUUAAUCGGCUUCUUGAUAGGCCACACCUGUCAGGUGGAUGGAUUAUCUUUUGCAAAUGAGAAAUGCUCACUAACAGGGCUGUAAACAAAUUUGUGUACAACAUUUGAGAGAAAUAAGCUUUUUGUGCGAAUGGAACAUUUCUGGGAUUUUUUUUAUUUCAGCUCAUGGGACCAACAUAUUACAUGUUGUGUUUAUAUUUUUGUUAAGUGUAGUUUGGUCUUUUGGCCCAGAGUGAAAUGUUUUUGAUCAACCAUCAUGAACUUUAAUUGGAUUUUAUUAUUCAUAGGUCAAUGUGUUUUGGAUUAUUAUUUUAUCGUGAUCAUUAAAGGGGGGUUGUGCACUCUGAACUAAUGGAAGUCAUUCUGGUUGUAGUAGAAGCAAAAGUGCUUCAAUGACUUUUUACCUUAUCCUAGUUUUCAAACCGUCUGAACGUCAUUGGUUGAUGUAUACCACGCCUCUUUUCCCUGUAGGUUUGGUUCACAUAUAUGACAUUGCUUUGUCAGACUCCAGUAUUCAAGGACACAAUGCUCCAAGAGGCCACAGUCAUGGAAAUAAUGCCGAUUACAAAGGCACAGAACAUAGACACGGACUGAUAUAACACACCAAUACAUGAGCAAUACAACUUCUGAAAGAGGACCAAAUCAGGCUUGUCUACCUGUCUGUGAGUUAUUGUCUAUCACAUGUCCAUGUAAAGAUCAUAUAGAACAGGCCACUCUUAUCAGUCACAAGUUAAUAAAGUCUUUAUGUUGUAGGGAGUCCAAGAGCUAGAGGUCGAUCCUCUUUUCUCUGCUCCUGUUCAUGUGUAUAUUUCUGCUAUUGACAGGGAAAGGUUUUCUUUAAGUGUUUGUCAGUUUUGUAGACACAGAGUUGUCUGUAGCUUUCUGAAUGAACGGGUAAGAUUCUGAGUAUCAUGAAGAAUUAGGGGAUGGGAUUUCAGUGGAACCCUGGAGGAAGCACCCAAAGCUACACUGGUUUAUACAGUACAGAGGGCAUUUUGCUACACUGGUUCAUACAGUACAGAGGGCAUUUUGCAUGUGUUUGUGCAGUUUUUUUGUGCUACAAUUCCCUUGUGUUUUCAUGUUAUUUUUCUGUUGCUAAGAAAAACACAGUUCGCUCCAUUCGAGUCCAAUGUCCAGUUAAACAGUGUAUAAUUUGUUGCAGAAUCUAUACGAUUCUUUUUGGACGAAUUUCAGGAAUUUGCCCUUUGCAAAUAUUUUUCUAUAGAACUAAAGCAGAUUGCUAUCAAUAUUAUAUACACUGUCAUAUAAAAUUGUACAGAUGAAAUAUAUCCUUAUAGCAAGUUGUUAAGCAUUACUAUGGGUUUGUUUUUUGUUAUUACUGUCAACGUAUUGGUAGUUCUCUCUGUAGGGUUUGUGUCCAUUAGGUUUUUAACUUUUUCUUUUUAUAUUAGGACUAUGAAAACCUCACACUUCUGUAAGAUCGACUACAAGGAUUGUUGCAGAAGUUUUAGCAUUAGCCAGCGUUGGUCUCAUGGUGUUUGUGUAUCAUUAAUUCACAUUUCUAAUAUGACCCUUCAAUCAUUUCAUAACCUUGCGGUAUUUGUGAGACAAACUUUAACCUAGUACACAUUAAGACCAAUGCCUUGAUUCUCAUAGAAGCAUAUACAGAAUCAUAUAAUGUCAUUGUACAUCACCACCCCCAAUCUAUACUUACUUUUAUUUAUACUAUAUACACUCCUUUUGCCUUAUUGGAUCUCCUUAUUCAAUGUCAAGAGCCACUGGUCGUGAUAAAAGAUUUUUGACAAUGUUUGCCAAAAGUUUGAUGAAAAUCUGGAUUUAUUUGCUUUUGAUUUGCCUUCCCAUUUUGAUUGAAGAUUUGAUUUGAACAUGAAUACGUUUCAUUCUUACUCUCGUAUCCUUUUGUUUGUGUUUAGUCUCAGAUGUCAGCCAGGGACAGUAGGCUUAUUGUGAUUGUGAGGAGUCAAAAGUGGCAUGUUAAUAGAGUUUGGAUGCCAGUGACGUUGGAAAUGGAGACUAUAAUAAUGGUCAACAACAACAGCAUUAAUCAUGUCAUAUUAAAUUUGGAUUAUGUACGUAAGGUCCAUAAUACUCUAUGCAUUACAGUUCAACCAAUGUCCAUUGAAUCUAUCACUCAGUGGUAGUUGACAUAUAGGUCAACAAUGAAUAACUAACUAUAUGAUAUAUUUUUACAUUGACUAACUGUUGGUUGUGUUCCAUGGGUUUUGAACCAUUCUCGACCAACUCCAAACGGACAACUAAUUUGGCCCCCUAUAGUUGACAACCAAUAGUGUUUUUUGAAAGCUGCGUAAUUAGCGCUUUAGUGAAGGAGUCAUGAUAGAACCUCAUCACCCACAGUCCUUUGCUGCUACCUUGCUGUCUAGUCAAAUGAGAAUGUGUUAUGAUGGCAUUGUCUAAGACCUAUAUAAGAUGGGUGUCCAUGGAGUCCCCUCUCUCAGUUCAGAUCUGUCUCCAUACUCACAUUUACAUGCUCCCAAAGCCUCAACUGACUGUAUGAAUUUAGAACCAGACACAUUGUUUCUAAACUGCUGAAGUCAUCAAGUUUGUCUUGGUUUCUCAACUCCAAUUCACCUUUGUUUAGCCAUGUGCUAUAUCCAAGUCUAAGAUAAUUGAUUUUAAAUGUUGUCGUAUAAUCUGAUUCUCAUUGACUCAUUUCGUUCAGAACAAAGCUAGCCAUACUCGCCAAUGGUUUUGGCUCCUCGCCUUUACUAUUAAUUACCCUACCAGGUUUAUAAGCAACCUUUAUUUUCAGCUGAUGAGUUUGAAACUGGGACUCUUCUUUUACCAAGCAUUUGAGAAGUCUGAGAGUGUGCCCACUCUCUCCUUCAAAGUGCCAGAGGUCUCCAGCUUUCUUGUGUUUGGUCAGGCUGCCAUCUCACUAUCAGUUUAUCUACUGUAAUGUCAAGUUGCUGACUUUCAGUACAUUGUAUAUAAUAUCUGAAUAUACAUAGGUCAUGUUGUUGGUCAAAUGUCAUUCAAUAGCAGAACUUGAGAAUGCCUGUUAAAAUAUACCAGUGUUUCCCAACUCCAGUGAUCCAGUACCUCCAACAGUACACAUCUUUGUUGUAGUCCUGGACAAGCACACCUGAUUCAACUUGUCAACUAAUCAUCAAGCCCUCAAUGACUUUAAUCUACAACAAAAAUGUGUUCUGUUAGGUGUAAUUGAGGAGUUGGGAAACACUGCUAUAGACACUAGAUUUUUGGAAAUAAUUGAGACGAACAGAUUUUUGUUUGUUUGCUUUUCCUUAAAUGGGAGGAAGAAGAUCCAGAUGUUAUACCGUGUUGUCCACUGCUGGAGAGACCUUUAAGUCCCUUGAAUAAUACGUUUAUUUCAGAGCUCUGGUUUUGGCAAAAUAAAUGUAUGAUGGAGACCUUAGACCUUGUACAGAUAUGGCUUCCAUAGACAUUUGAUUUGUGCAAUUUCAUUUAUUUUGAAGGUUAUGUGAUUUAGUUUUUUUUUUAACCAAACUUCACAUUGAAGCUACCCUAUGUUGCAAAAUCAAUUUUAAAAAUCCCUUCAACCAAAAAAGUGUCUUUCUCAACGAAGAGUUGGCACUUCCAACUGAAGAGUUACAGCGCAAUUCACUUUUGAAUUCUAGCUUGACAUGGGGUAAAAUGACACCCAGUGGGGGUUUAGGCAUUCAUAUGACGUUGCGUGUGUAUAUGUGUGUGGCGCAUUGAGCGGCUCUUAUGCAGUUAAGGGCUGCAGUUUCCUUCUCUUUUAGUUUGUGUCCUCUCUUUUUACUGACUGCUUUUGAAGUGAGGAAACCUCCCUCCAUCUCAGCUGGUCUAAUUGUCUCUCUCAAAGCUCAGGUGGAAACUACUUUUAGCAGAGUCCUUGUCACUAUCACUGGCCACAACAGUGCUCUUCCUCCCCCUCUUCAGUCCAGAGAGAGGUUUAGCUAGUUGCUGUCCGCUGAUAUAUUUUUCUAUGGCGUGAUUCUAGGCUUCAUGAUCAUUGGCAAUGAGAGGGUGACUCUUCCUUCACAGAAAUCUCUUCCAGUUUCAGUUGUUCACUCAUUUGUUGUUUUCAUCUGGUUCCUUUUUAUUUGGUCAUUUAAGUCAUGUAGUCUGUUCUCAGCACUGUAAGACAGUCCCUAUAGAAUAUGGAGAGGCAAUAUCACUGUAUGAAACUCACAAUGUAUUAUUGUUGUUAUUAUUAUUAUUGUUAUUAUUAUUCACUAGCACCCUAGGUGUGAUAAUUGAAGUAAAUAUCUUUUAUACAAACACAAA